AUGGCUGUGAAUGGGGACGCUGAGUCGCGGGCAAUCCACCGCGACGAGCUGCGGCCGAAGCUCAUAACGAGCUCCACCAAGCGCCGCGUUAACGAGCUCUCGGGGCUGCAGACCAAGGUCGCAGACGACUCCCUCGUCACUGCCGACCUGCAAGCGCUCCUCGAACUCCUCUUCGAAACAUAUCCGCUAUACGACGACCGCGAAUCACGCCGCGCGGUCGAGGGCGUCCUCAAGUCGCUGGUAAACGGACCCCAUGGCGACAAGGUACUGCCGCCGGUGGUCAAGUUCUUGACGCAGGAAUGCUCCAAGAAGGCCAUCGCGCACGCCAAUGCCUUUGUGCUCAACGACUGGUGUUCCGUGCUGCUGCUGCAGUUUGCAAAGUCGCCUGAACGGUGGGCCAAGCUCGGCCUGGAUGUGGCGCUGGCAAAUGCGCGCGUCCUCGAGACGUGCGUGAGCGCUGGGGGCGACCGGCGAGCUGGCCGCCUCUCCAUAGCGGCCCUCGUUUCGACGCGCCGGGCCCUGCGCGCCAUCUUCCGCUCUGAGGCAAUUGGCAAAGACGCCCUCGACAAACUCGUCACGAACCUCGCCGCAAAGGGCAGCGCGCCCACAGCUGGAAAUGCUGUCUUCCUCGGCGUCAUCGCUGGCGUCUCAUCCCGUCUACCGACCGUCAAGCCGCUGCUCGAAGGCCGCAAACAAGACUACUACACCUACUACACACGAGAGAUUGUCGGAUCAAGGAGCCAGCUGCCGGACCACAUCUCCAAUGCGUUACACGAUUUCUUCGACAGCUUCCCCACUCUGGAAGAGCUGCAAAAGGAUGUCAUACCACCCAUCGAAAAGGCCUUGCUGAGGGCACCUGAAGUAGUACUAAACGACAUCGUCUCACCCAUGUUCUUGGCCCUCCCCGAAUCUAUGGACCUGUCCGAUAUUCUGCUAGGAAACAUGCUGAAGCCACUGCUCUCCAAUGUCAAAUCAAGCAAUGCUGCCAUUCGCGCAGGCGCUUUGCGAACCUUCAAAGCGUUGGCUUCGCGAUCAAAAGAUGAUGCCAAGGUUGACAAGGUCGCAGACGAAGUGCUUACUCCUUUGAAGCAAGGCAAAGUUUCCGGUGCUGAUCAGAAGGUUCUUCAUGCUCAGAUGCUCUCAGCGCUGCCAGAUUCAAUAGCCCUGGCAAAGAAAAUCCCAGCAGGUAUCGCUCCAGUAGCCUUGAAAGAGCCGAGUGAGCCGGCUGUCGUAGCUGAAGUGUCUGCAAUAACGACCCACCUGAAUUUCGGCCUAGCGAACGGAGUUGUUCUUGACAAGACCGUCUCAGAUGCCUUCAUCAAGGGCAUGGCCGAUAAGCGCGUACCCGUCAAGAAGCUUUGGGCAAUACGCGCAGCAGACCUUUGGUGGAAUCUCUCCGAUGAACAGCAAGCUCAACCCGACGUACUUGCAUUCUGCCAAACAACUCUGCCGAAGCUCAUUGAGAUUUGGCAGGAAGUAAAUGCAAACCCACUGCCUGCGACCCAAAGUGGAUUGGUCACUGUAGGACACUACACUGUUGCGCUUCUCAUCGAUAGAGUACAGAACAUGAAGGACGAGAAGCUGGGAUCCAUCUAUAAGAAAUCUGAUGUCAUCUCGCAAUCGCUCGCCACCCAACCAAAGCCUUCCAUCCUUCUCAACCCCAAAGUCUAUUCGAAGUUGUCCUCAGAAGAGGACGUUUCCAUUGCACUACGCGCCUUGAAAGCCAUCGCGCCAGACGUCACACAAGCUUCAAAAGAAGUCGCAGAUGCAUGGGCACAGGCGUUCAUCUUCCUCAUCGUCGCUCCCAGCGUCUCCGCCAAGGCGAAGGCGGCUGCUAAGCAGGCUUUGACACAAGCAUAUCUCCAAACCUCGCCUGAGAAGAUCAGCAACAUCAUCAUAGAAGGAUUGUGGUCGUGGUAUAGGUCAAGUGAACAAGAAGACAAGGAGAGCGCUGCGUUCGCAUCCAAGGCAGGUUCAGCUGAGCUUGGCGCUGUAUUGAGCUGCAUAUGUCUGCCUGCAGAGACACUGAAGAAAGAGAACGCAAGUGUGGACACUGUGGCUCUGCAAAAGCAGGCCAUGCGUCUCGUCGUAUUAGCAAGAAAAGAGAUCAUGCCAAGAGUGUCUUGGAUUGACCUAUGCCUUCGCAUGGGUGUAGAUCCCGGCCAGGUCGUUCGGGAUAACUUGCAAGACUUCGUGAGCACUAUCAACGAAGCAACUGAGAACAAAGACAAUGAGAAACUACCCGCCAUUGAUACAGCAGCCUACAGCGCUUAUACCGACAUGGCUUUCGUGGCGCCAGAGGCAGCUCUGCCGGCAGUGGUCAAGCAGUUCAGUGAAGACCUCGACCCAAAGCAGAUGGAAUCUGUAGGACCGACCGAAGCAGCCAUCUUCCGUACACCAGAGGGCACAGCGUAUAUCGACGUUCUUUCGAAGAAAGCACCUGUGGUAAUCGAUAAGAACACGAAAGACUACGAUACCCUGAAGUGGGAAGAAGAGCUACGAGCACAGCUUGCACAAAAGAAGGGCCAAGCCAAGAAGCUGAGCGCAGACGACCAGGCCAAGGUCAAUGCCCAACUGGCUAAAGAGUCUGCUAUCAGGAAAGAAGUCACUGGCACAGAGCACAGGAUGAGGCGAGGUGUGGGCAUCAUCCGGAGUCUCGCUACUGGACCUCCAACAGAAGCGGAGCAAUGGAUGGGGCCUGCCGUGGAUCUCUUGAUCCAAGCCAUUCGUGCUGGUGCUGGUCUCCUGCUGGGAGACGUUCCAGCGACUGCUUUGAUCUCGUGCUCCGAGCGGGUAUCCAACCGUCUAGGCAUGAUGCGACCAUUUAUUGGUGUAGCAGUAUUGCGAACAAUCGGUUCUAUACAGCUUGCUAGCGAGUACGAAGACGAGGAUCUUGGUGAUCUGGUAACACGUGUCCUCUACCGUCUCCGGUUCUUGAGCGAACAGAGGCCGCUCGAUGCAGUAUCUUUGGCGUACUGCUUCCCUCUGCUUUUCCUUGUACUAGAAAAAGGUGGUAUUGGCAAGUCUGCGCCCGAAGAAGCUGACGAGCAGCUGAUCCUGGCUAUCGAAGUGUUGACUUUCCACACCAACUCCUGCACUGACCCUCGUCUUCCCCGCAAGGCCUUACUGGAGAUUCUGGUGUGGUCCAUGCAGAGAUACCAGCAGCAUUACAAGAUAAUCAAGGAUUGCGUAACCAAUCUCGCUAGCGGACUGGCCCCGAACAUUACCAAUGACGAGCUGGGCGCCUUGCUGCGUGGUACCAUCGUGCCGGAGACUGGCGUCCGAACCGCGGUUUUGCAAGCCAUUGACGCUGAACUCGACAUGAACGACCUGACCUUCAGUGAAGAGAUCUUCAUCGCUUGUCACGACGAUGAGUCUGAGAACGCUGAGCUGGCCCGAACAAUUUGGGACGAAAACUACCUAGAACUCAAAGCAGAUGCUGGCGUACAGAUGCUGCCUUAUCUGGACUCUCUCGACAAGCCACUCAGAAGGGCAACCGCACGAGCUAUUGGCGAAAUCAUUACCAAAUUCCCUGACACCUUUGACGACAUUCUACGGAGACUGCGCGAGACCUACGCCGAAAAGGCCAAGCCACGCGUCCCAGAGCGUGAUGAGUACGGCAUGCCACGAAAGGUCGAUCUUCGCGAUCCCUGGGAGAGCAGAGACGGUAUUGCGCUUGCCUUCAAGGAGAUGACACCAGGUUUCAAGCCCGAUGAUCUUGUAGACUUCUUAAACUUCCUGAUCUACGAGGGCCCCUUAGGAGACCGAAGUCCCGCGGUCAGAGAUGAGUUGAUCGAAGCUGCGACCUCAGUCAUCACCGUCAAAGCGCAGACCAAGGUCGAGCCUCUCAUGGAACUAUUCGAGAACGCUCUUGAAGCGCCUGACCGAAAGUCGGAGAUGUACGAUCAAGUCAACGAAGCAGUCAUCAUCCUUUAUGGUGCACUGGGUCGUCAUCUUGCGGCUGGCGAUGAGCGCGUUCCAAAGGUCGUACAGAGACUGUUGGCAACUCUCAGUACGCCUUCCGAGACAGUGCAAUAUGCCGUUGCUCAAUGUCUGCCACCGCUGGUCCGUACUUCCGAGCAAGAGGUGUCGAAUUACAUCAAUCAGAUGAUGGAUCAACUACUCACUUCGAAGAAGUAUGCCUCGCGUCGCGGUGCUGCCUAUGGUCUGGCGGGUGUCGUACGCGGUAAGGGUCUGGGUCUGCUCAAAGAACAUCGGAUCAUGUCCACUCUCAAAGGAGCUAGCGAGAACAAGAAAGACAUAAACCAAAGGCAGGGAGUAUACCUGGCAUACGAGCUCUUCUCGCUGAUCCUCGGUCGCUUGUUUGAACCAUAUGUCAUCCAGCUAGUGCCUCAAUUGCUUGCUGGAUUCGGCGAUACCAGUGCAGACGUCCGAGAAGCCUGUCUCGAUGCUGCCAAGACUUGCUUCUCCACGCUCAGUUCCUUUGGUGUCAAACAGGUUCUACCAAUACUCUUGGAAGGUCUUGAUGAGGAUCAGUGGCGUAGUAAGAAGGGUGCUUGUGACUCUUUGGGAGCCAUGGCAUAUCUCGAUCCUAACCAGCUGGCUCUUAGCUUGCCCGAUAUCAUUCCACCCCUCACCGUUGUGUUGACAGACAGCCACAAAGAAGUCCGAUCUUCAGCGAACCGAAGUUUGCAGCGCUUCGGUGAAGUCAUCAGCAAUCCUGAGAUCAAGAGCGUCGUCAACAUCAUCUUGAAGGCUCUCAGCGACCCGACAAAGUACACAGACGAUGCCCUCGAUGCACUGAUCAAGAUCCAGUUCGCGCAUUUCCUCGACGCGCCUUCUCUCGCUCUCGUGGUCCGCAUUCUGGAGCGUGGUCUGGGCGAUCGCUCUGGAACCAAGCGGAAGUCCUCCCAAAUCAUCGGCAGCUUGGCAUACCUCUCGGAAAGGAAGGACCUCACCUCCCAUCUGCCAAUCUUGGUCGCUGGACUACGGGUUGCGAUCGUGGACCCUGUACCGGCUACACGUGCUACCGCGUCAAAAGCGCUCGGUUCGCUCGUCGAAAAGCUUGGAGAAGAUGCUCUGCCAGAUCUUAUUCCAAGCCUUAUGUCUACCCUCAAAUCCGAUACAGGUGCAGGAGAUCGACUUGGUUCUGCCCAAGCUCUGUCAGAGGUUCUUGCAGGUCUUGGAACAGGACGUCUGGAAGAGACACUGCCAAGCAUCCUCCAGAACGUGGCCAGCAGCAGGGCUUCUGUCCGCGAAGGUUUCAUGUCUCUGUUCAUCUUCUUGCCAGUUUGCUUUGGAAACAGUUUCGCCAACUACCUCAGCAAGAUCAUUCCUCCCAUUCUCGGCGGUCUUGCGGACGAAGUGGAAUCGAUCCGAGAAACUGCCCUGCGAGCUGGUCGUCUCUUGGUCAAGAACUUUGCUACCAAGGCAAUCGACCUGCUACUACCAGAGCUUGAGAGAGGUCUCGCAGACGACAGCUACAGGAUUCGUCUCAGUUCCGUGGAGCUUGUCGGAGAUCUCCUGUUCAAUCUCACAGGUAUCAGCGGCAAGGUGGAAGAGGAAGAAGUCGAAGAGGGCGCGAAAGAGGCUGGUCAAUCACUGCUCGAAGUCCUCGGAGAAGAGAAGCGCAACAAGGUCUUGUCUGCUCUAUACAUUUGCAGAUUCGACACGUCUGGCCUCGUACGAACAGCCUCCAUCAACGUAUGGAAGGCAUUGGUGGCCAGUCCUCGUACUCUGCGCGAGCUUAUUCCUACGCUUACUCAACUUCUCAUCCGCCGUCUGGCAAGCUCAAACAUGGAGCAGAAGGUCAUCGCCGGAAACGCGCUGGGAGAGCUCAUUCGCAAAGCUGGAGACGGUGUACUUGCUACGUUGUUGCCUACCCUCGAGGAAGGUCUACAUACCACCGAUACAGACGCCAAGCAGGGUAUCUGCAUCGCCCUUCGCGAAAUCAUCGCAGCUGCUUCGCCAGAGCAACUCGAGGACUACGAGAAGACUCUUAUCCAAGUUGUACGAACUGCUCUGGUGGAUCCCAACGCGGAUGUGCGAGAAGCAGCGGCGGAAGCCUUCGAUGCUCUACAACAAAUCUUUGGCAAGAGGGCUGUCGACCAGGUCCUGCCUUACCUGCUCAACCUUUUGCGUUCGGACGACGAUGCCCAGAACGCGCUGUCAGCGCUUCUCACCCUCCUCACAGAUCAACAACGAUCAAACAUCAUUCUACCAAAUCUCCUACCAACACUUCUCACUUCGCCUAUGACUGCCUUCAAUGCCCGCGCUAUUGCAUCGUUGGCUGAGGUGGCAAGCUCCGCUAUGACCCGACGACUGCCCAACAUCCUCAACACCAUCAUGGACAAUGUCAUUGCUUCCAAGGAUGAAGAGCUCCGAUCAGAACUCGAGACGUCCUUUGACAAGGUACUUCUGUCCGUGGAUGAGUUCGAUGGUCUUAAUACGGCCAUGAGCGUCAUGCUUGCCUUGUCGAAACAUGACGAUGAGAGGAGACGCGCACGUGCCGAUAUUCACCUGGCCAAAUUCUUCGCAGAGGCAGAUGUUGAUUUCUCGAGAUACUACCCUGACCUCAUCCGGGCACUUCUCAUCUCCUUUGGCGAUAGCGAUACAGAAGUCGUCAAGGCUGCAUGGACUGCUCUUAGCACUCUCACAAGCAAGCGUCUGCGGAAGGAAGAGAUGGAGUCGCUUGUUAUUUCCACUCGCCAAACACUCAACCAAGUUGGUGUUGCUGGUGCAGACCUCCCUGGAUUCUCACUGCCGAAGGGUAUCAACGCCAUCCUGCCUAUCUUCCUGCAGGGUCUCAUGAACGGCUCAGUGGACCAGCGAACUCAAGCUGCUCUGGCCAUCUCCGACGUCAUCGACCGCACCAGCGCGAAGUCACUCCAGCCGUUUGUUACUCAGAUUACAGGACCCCUCAUUCGUGUGGUCACAGAGCGUUCCGUCGAGGUGAAGGCAGCUAUUCUGCUCACACUCAACAACCUGCUAGAGAAGAUCCCGACCUUCCUCAAGCCCUUCUUGCCCCAACUCCAGCGUACGUUCGCCAAGUCGCUUGCCGAUACAUCCUCAGAUGUACUGCGAGCGCGAGCAGCCAAGGCUCUUGGUACAUUGAUCAAGCUUACACCAAGGGUGGACCCACUCAUCGCUGAGUUGGUGACGGGAUCCAAGACAAGCGACGAAAAUGUCAAGACGGCUAUGCUGAAGGCCUUGUUUGAGGUCGUAAGCAAGGCGGGCAAGAACAUGAGCGAAGCAAGCAGGAACGCCAUCCUAGGUCUCAUCGACAACGAGAGCGAUGAUUCUAACGAUGCAAUGGCAAUUACAAACGCUCGACUUCUAGGAGCCCUGAUCAGCUGCCUUCCAGAGGACGUCGCGUCCAGUCUUCUCAAGGCUCGCGUGCUUACGACCCACUUCAACAAAUCUUCUGUACUGGCGCUCAAUGCCAUUCUGCUAGAUGCCCCCGAGGCUCUGACAGAAUCGUUCGCAGACGAGACUGUGAACGUUAUAUGCCAGGGUGUUGGACAUUCGCAACCGUUCAUCUCGGAUAACUCGAUCCUCGCCGCUGGCAAAUACCUACUGUCGGAGAAGAGCAGCAAGAGCUUCGACCAUACCAAGCCCAUUUUCGAGGCUCUUGCGCCAGUAGUGGAGCCUGGCCAUCCCGUCGACACGAGGCGGUUGGCGCUUGUGGUGCUUCGUACAGUUGCUCGAGAGCACAACGAAUUGAUCCGUCCGCACAUCCCGCUCCUCAUACCGGUGGUCUUCGCAUCGGUGCGCGAUCCGGUGAUUCCAGUCAAGCUGUCGGCUGAGGCGGCGUUCCUUGCCAUCUUCUCGGUUGUGGACGAAGAGACGGCCGUGUUCGACAAGUACAUGGCUGGACCUGGCAAGAGCCUGUCUGCUGGUCAACAGCGCAGCAUGGGCGACUACUUCAAGAGGGUUGCCCUGAGGCUAGCUGGGCAAGCCAGAGAAAGGAAAGAGGCCGAAGGUGGAGCAGGCGGUCUCGGCUUGUCGAGCGACGAGAUGGAAGACGAGCGAGAGAUUUGGAGCGUAGGAAAAGUGGAGUUGGGGGAUGUGUUUGGUGAAAACUAG